UGCACAUUGUGGAGAGCAGUCAUGCCACGGAGAACUACUCCCCAUCAGGAUGCCAGUAAUCACAUCCUUGCAGGAAGAGACAAGAAUUCAAUGUUAGAAAUCAAAUAUAUUAAUCCAGUUAAAGGUCGUGGUAUCUUCACUUCAGCUGUUUUCAAUCAAGGAGACUUUGUGGUGGAGUAUAGAGGGGAGCUCAUUGAUGCAGCUGAAGCUGAACAUAGACGUAAACUGUACCACAGUGCAUGUUCGAUCUUCAUGUUUGACUUCACAUGGAAGCGGAAGACGUGGUGUAUUGAUGGAGCACUUGAAGAUGGAUCAUUUGGACGACUGGUAAACGAUGAGCACAAGUCUCCAAAUUGCAGAAUGAAGUUGAUUGAAGCAGGAGGGAAGCCACAUCUGUGCCUUUUUGCACUGAAGGAAAUUGUGUCCGGAACUGAAAUCACCUAUGACUAUGGUGGGAAGGAAUGGCCCUGGCGCAAAGAGGUUCCCCUUAUUACUGUUACAAGCACUGCUGCCCAAGAGUCUAUUAAAGACCAAAGUUUCCAAGACCAAAUCAUGUCAUCCACAGUCUUUAUUGAAGAGACCAGAGAGAGGCCAGAAGUCCAGUCCUGCAAUAUGACAUCAGGCAGUUCAGCUUGUGAGACACAGCUCAGUAGUGCAAGCUUCCCUUCUGGCCUACACUCCAUUGUAGAGCUUGGUAACGAUGCCCAUGACUCGGAAGCCAAUGUUUUCUCUUCAGACUUAUACAGAGAUGCCAAAUUGAGAGCAGAGUGUCAGUCAUUUAUUCCCACACCAGACAGCUCUGUACAUGAGGUGCACUGUGUCAGGGGUCAGUGUAGCACUUCGAGUGCAAAAGAGGGGAUUGGAGAAGUUGGUGUCCAGCAGCAGGAGGUGUCAGCCCCUGUGUUCUCAACAGACCUUGCCAGUGAUGCCGAAUUGAGAGCAGAGUGUCGGUCAUUUAUUCCCACACCAGACAGCCCUGCACAAGAGGUGCUCUGUGUCAGGGGUCAGUGUAGCACUUCGAGUGCAAAAGAGGGGAUUGGAGAAGUUGGUGUCCAGCAGCAGGAGGUGUCAGCCCCUGUGUUCUCAACAGACCUUGCCAGUGAGACCAAAUCGAGAUUGGAGUGCCAAUCAUCCAGAUCCACACCAAACGACUCUGCAUGUGAGGGAGUUCAAUAG